AUGAAGUCUCUGAGCGUUCAAACACUUUUGGUGCUCCUGAGCCAGAGCUUCCUGGCCCAAGCAGAUACAACAACUACCAUCAACCCGAACACCAACUGGGGAACUUGGGAGGGAUGGGGAACGUCUCUAGCAUGGUGGGCAGCGGCGUUUGGCACGCGCGAUGAUUUGGCCAAUAUUUUCUUUACCACAAGUUCCGUGACCUACAACGGUGCAAGCGUGCCUGGUCUGGGCCUCAAUAUUAUCCGCUACAAUGCUGGUGCCUGCAGCUGGAACACCGUCAACGGUGAGAAGAUGGCGACGUCCGCCAAUAUGAUCGCCUCGCGGGAGAUCGACGGAUUCUGGACCAACUGGAACAGCACUGACCCCUCGACCUCUAGCUGGAAUUGGUCAGUCGACUCGAACCAGCGUACCAUGAUGCAGAAAGCCAUCUCCAGGGGUGCAGACGUCGUCGAACUCUUCUCCAACAGCCCCAUGUGGUGGAUGUGCACCAACCACAACCCGGCAGGCGCUGACGAUGGUACAAAGGACAACCUGCAGACUUGGAACUAUCAGCAGCACGCCAUCUACCUGGCCAACAUUGCCCAGUACGCCGCUAAGAACUGGGGAUUUACGUUCGAUUCGGUCGAGCCGUUCAACGAACCCGCCGCGAGCUGGUGGAAGUCGACCGGGACACAGGAGGGCUGCCACUUCGAUGCCAGCACCCAGGCAACCGUGCUGGGAUAUCUCCGCAGCGAGCUCAACUCCCGCAGCCUCUCCUCGACCAUCAUCUCCGCCUCGGACGAGAACUCCUACGAUGCGGCCGUCUCGACCUGGAACUCGCUCGUCAGCGCCGGCGCCUCCAAGAACGUCGGCCGCAUCAACGUGCACGGGUACCAGGGGGCCAGUGGGAGGCGCGACACGCUCUACUCACUUGCACAGACGUCCGGCAAGAAGCUCUGGAACAGCGAGUACGGCGAGAAGGACGCCACGGGGUCCUCGCUGGCCAGCAACCUCCUCCUCGACUUCCGCUGGCUGCACCCGACCGCCUGGGUCUACUGGCAGAUGAUCGACGGGGGCGGCUGGGGUCUGAUCGACGGCGACAACGACGCACUCACCCUCGGUGCCGUCAGCCAGAAGUACUACGUCCUCGCGCAGUUCACUAGGCACAUCAGGGCCGGCAUGCGGAUCCUGGACGGCGGAAGCGAUAAUACCGUUGCGGCAUAUGACGCGACGAAUAAGAAACUCAUCAUUGUUGCGGUGAACUGGGGCAGCGCGCAGUAUCUCAAUUUUGAGCUGUCGAGCUUUAGCACCCCCGGGACAAGCGGUGCGACGGUGAAGAGGUGGAGCACGAUGAUCGGUAGUGGUGACAAGUAUGUUGCUGGGAGUGAUACCACUCUCAGUGGGACGAAGUUUUGGUCGUAUUUUGCUACGAACCAGGUCCAGACGUUUGAGGUCAGCAACGUCGUCUUGUAA